AUGAGACUUUCUCAGUCACUUUUCUUGCUGGCUGUAGCCGGGUCUGGUGCCCGAGCUAGCAGUGACAAAAUCACUCGUCCGCGAGGCGUGGCUCCUGAAUUCGCCAAAUAUUAUCAGGACUCCAAGACAUUCACCUGUAUCUCUGAUCCCACCGUACAAAUUCCCUUCUCCGCCGUCAAUGACGACUUUUGCGAUUGUCCUGAUGGAAGUGACGAGCCCGGGACCUCGGCGUGCUCGCAUCUGUCGCCUAAUUCACCGCUAGGUAUCGCGGAUCGAUUCGGAAGCAUGGACGGGCCGGUCGCCAAUGCAUUGCCGGGAUUCUACUGCAAGAACAAGGGCCAUCGGCCAGCAUUUGUGCCGUUCCAACGAGUCAACGAUGGGGUCUGUGACUAUGAGUUAUGCUGUGAUGGUAGUGAUGAAUGGGCACGAGUGGGAGGCACCAAGUGUGAGGACCGCUGCAAGGAAAUUGGGAAGAAAUGGCGCAAGGCGGAAGAACAGCGUCAAAAGUCCAUGACAGCAGCGCUGAAGAAGAAGAAGGCCUUGCUCGUCGAAGCCCAGCGCCUGCAUCAGGAUAUUGAGGGACAGGUUCGCGGUCUCGAGGCUGAGGUCAAGGAGGCCGAAGCCAAGGUGGGCGUCCUUGAGAAUGAACUCAAAGCUGUCGAGGAGGCAGACCGGAAGACGAUUCGGGGCGGUGGCAAAGGCAAGGGCAAAGUCAGUGCACUUGUGGGCGUGGCCAAGGCCCGCGUCGAUGAGCUGCGGGAUGCGCUGCUGGAAGUUCGUCAGCAGAGGGACGAGGCUCAAUCGCGGGUGGAGGAACUGGAGGGGAUUCUGUCCAAGUUCAAGAUCGAAUAUAACCCGAACUUCAACGAUGAGGGUGUCAAGCGCGCUGUGCGCAGCUGGGAGGACUAUGCGGCCCGCGACAAGACCGAGAUUGUCAAUCAGGCCCGGGAUCGCGACUUGAGUGAGAUUGCCAAGGCCGACGGCGAGAGCUCCGGCGUCGACUGGGAGCAUUGGGAAAAUGAAGAUGACGGCUGCAAAGACCCCGAACUGAUCUAUCAGCUUGCCGCAUAUCUUCCCCCUUCGGUGGUGGAAUUUAUUGAAGAGAAGGUUCUUGCUUUCCGCUCAUUUCUGGAGACGAGUGGCUUCCUUGCCACCACGCCCAAAAGCGAAACUCCAGUGGAAUCCAAGGCCGUGACCAAGGCCCGCGAUGCCCUGAAAUCACAGGAAAACACCCUUCGAGACCUCAACAACAAGCUUCGGGAUCAGCGGGCCGAUCUUGAGACAAACUAUGGCCCGGGAGGCAUCUUUCGGGCCCUCAAGGGCCAGUGCAUCUCCAAGGACGCGGGCGAGUAUACCUACGAACACUGCUUCUUCCAAGAUACCAAGCAAAUUUCCAAAAAGGGCGGAUCGUCUACGUCCAUGGGCAAAUUCAACCAGAUCACGUCUACCGUGGUGGAGGAGCUCAACGACGCUGGGGAUAUCGUGUUGAUCGAGAAGGUUGCCCUGGAAUACGACCGUGGGCAGCAUUGCUGGAAUGGACCCAACCGCUCUACCAAGGUGGUUCUUGAAUGUGGUCAGGAGAAUGAGAUCUUGAAGACGGCCGAGGAUGAGAAGUGCGUCUACUCCAUGCUCGUGACUACGCCGGCUGUCUGUCCUGGCGCGGAGGAGAAAGGGGACGCUUCUCGGUCCAAAGAUGAGCUGUGA